AGGACCUCUCUUUCAUAGACCCCUAUGUAUAAUCUUCACAUGCAUCUUGCUACGAAAUAGUAUAGAAGGUUCGUCCCUUAUUUGACUUCGUUCGUUGUUCACGUCAAUCUGAGUGAUGAUACUUUCUCUCCUAGCGUGUAACGAUAGAUGAAGAGGACGGCACGCACUUCAGUGGCACGCGCGCGCUUUUGUGCUUCCGCUCGCAAUCAGCAGAUGAAAAGGUUUGAAAUUAAUUUCACUUCUUCAUCUCAACUGAGAUCAUGUUAAGGUUAACAUAAUUCACCUUCACUACAGCACAAACUAGCAACAUGGUGUCCUUGCUUGGUCGUAUGCUUCGCGGGGGGCGGUCCCGCAAUAAACCCAAGGACUCUGAAGCCUCCUCGCUCGAGUACGACGAUCAAGGCUCCUCAAGUUCCGCCUCCGCCGCGCAAACGAAUUCCAAGGCCACCACGGUUUUGUCCUCGGACCAGAGCGCUGGGGAAGCGAAGCGAAAAGGCUCGACGUUUUGGGGUCGGAGAAGUCGGGGGAACAAAAAUGACGCAACUGCCGGUGGAUCUUCACAAGGAGGCAGAGGACCAGCAGCUUCCUAUAAUGCAGGUUCAUCCGCAAUGAAUAACGCGAACAAGCAGGCAGGCGCUUUUACGAAGACGACUGCAUCCGCUGUAUUGUGCGGAAAAAUCCCCCCUCCCCAUAUUGAGAAGGUAUGUUUUCCAAAAUUUGUGUUGCGGAUUUGAGGUCACAAAUCACAUCUGUCUUGCAAGAAGACAAGGGCAGAAGCUUCGCCCCAUUAUGGGCGCGAUUUGUCAUGCUGUUGGGCCUAAAGGGGAGCCGUUUGCCAUGCUGAACAACUAGACCCGUACGCCCCUACCUAGCCUGGGGAUCUGGCCGCCAUGCCUCCCUGCAAUACAGAGCUGAUUUGUGGCCACCAAUCAGCAUCACAAAUUUCCGUUUUGAUAUGGGGAGGGGGGAUUUUUCAUUUUGAUACGCUGGCCGAGGAGCAACAGCUUCGUCUGCUUCGCAGGCCACUGGAUCGCGGUCCACAAGAGCAAAAACCAGGUCCACCAGUGGAGCGAGCUUGCUUGGUGAGCGACUACAGGAUGACAGAAUGGGUUUGUCUAGCAGGAACACCAGUAAGAACACCUCCUCGCGUGGGAACCACGUGAAGAACUACAACAGUACUCCGUCCCAGCAAGAUAUUACAGUGAAAAGUGCCCCCCACCCCUAAAUUGCAAAAAUUUGUGAUGCGAAGGUUCCAAAUGAAAACUUUUUGUCAUGCAUGAAAGGAGUAUGAAUCUUUCUGAUGCAGAAUGUAGGCGUGUAUCGCAUCGCUUGCAUGACAAGCGCCGCUCGUGCUGGGGUCUUUUGCAAUACAAAUCUUUGUCAUUCACGAUUCAAAACCUGUGAUGCUGAUAGAUGCAAGAGGGCGAACGUUUCAUUUGGAAAGGUUUGCAAUACAAAUGCUUUCAAGUUCGGGGGUGGGGGCAUUUUUCACUGUAAUACAAGAGCAGUGGUUUAACAACGACGAACAGAACAACAACAACUACCAAAGCGAACAACAGCUCUCGCAGCAAGACGAGGACCCCUUCGAGUGGCUAGUCACCUGGAUUCCGGAGUGCCUGCAACUCUGUCCCACGCCGGUGUUCUGGCGAUACGACCCGCGCGGGUUUUAUCAAACAAAAAAAGUUCGUCACGAUCACUCAUGCGCAUUCUUGCAACGCAAAACUUUCUGUCAUGCGUAGAAAUGCAUCACAGCCAAGCUUCGUAGGGGAUUUGCCUAGUGUUUCUGCAAUACAAGGAAAACUUGCGAUGCUAAAAAAGUUUGUAAUGCAGCGAAGCCUUCAACUGCAUGUUAGUGACUGUGGCCAACUUUUUCCGUGCGAUAGGUUUUAUCGGAACGUCAACACGAACAUGGUGAAGACAGACCACCUAUCCUGUGCAAAAGUAUCGUACUCGUAGUAAUCGCAAUCAUGGAUUACAUCAAAUCUCCCUCCUCACCUAAAUCCGGAUUACAAAUUUCAUUUUUCAUGCUGAGGGAAUUUGUCAUGCAAUUUAUACUAGUACGAUGCUUUUGCAUUUCAUACCACCCGAUGAAGAGGCACUUCGACGAAUUGUACGUGCAAACGUACAAUGGGGUGGAAUAUUUGCUGAAAUACCGGGAGUAUGCAUUGCAAAAGUAUGGUACUAGUAUAAAUUGCAUUACAAAUUCUCUCAGCAUGAAAAAUUGAAUCUGUCAUGCUGUUUUACCUUGAAAAGGAAAUUUGUCAUGCAUAACUGCGAUUACUACAACUACGAUACUUUUGCAAUGCAUAGGGAGGAUUUGUGGCUCGAAUCCGAAGAACUGGAGAACAUUUGGCUCGGGCCGUACAAUAUGAAGUGCAAAAGUAUCGUACUCGUAGUAAAUGCGAACAUGCAUUACAAAUCUUGUUCCUAAGCUAAAUCAGCAUUACAAAUUUUAUCUCUCAUGCUGAGGAAAUUUGUAAUGCAUUUAUACGAGUGCGAUACUUUUGCGAUUCAUAUACAAAACAGAUCCGAACAGCGACACAUCUACUUCCACCUCCGAUGAGUACUACUUUAAUUCGGUUUCGAAUCUCUCCACCUGGGACAACCCUUUUGAAGCAAUCAAGUUCACGAUUGCCACCUGCGAUUCGUUGCUCUACCACGUGUACCGGAUCUCGGCGGAAACAGACGGCGAUUUGAUCACCGGGGCGGAAUACAGCGACCAGAACUUGGGCUUCGAGUACGGUGAUGACACAGCAGAGGGCUUAGGAUUCGACUCUGAUGUGGAAGACAUAUGCAAUGCAACAGCAUCGUACUAGUAUAAAUUGCAUAUACAAAAUUGUUCAGUAUGAAAGCUGGAACUUGUCAUGCUGUUUUCCCUUAAGAACAACAUUUGUCAUGCAUAGUCGUAAUACGAUAGUUGUACUUUUGCAAUGCAUGAGACAGUGGCAGCUACGAUGACGAGGAUUACUCCGACGACUCGCUCGGUCUAGAUGACAGCGACUCGGUAUGAGAGUGCACAACCCCCCCUCCCCCUCAUUCCUAUGGCACGCAUAGCAUUACAAGCAGCAGCACACGUGGAGGCUGUGCAUGACAAGUCUAAUAUGCGCCUAUUUUCGUGCCGUACUGGUUGAGCUUCCAGAAUCUGUCAUGCCAACAACGCCACAAGGCAGCACUUAGGUUUCGGAUUUUGCAUGACAAGUGGGGGGGAGGGGGGUUGUGCACGCUCAUACUCGGAUUCACAGAUGAGAACGCAGUUGGAGGACGCACCGGUCACGAAGUCGCGAAAGAACGACGUUGUAUGAGAGUGCACAAUUUCCGCUCCCCAUCGUAGUUUGUAGUGCAUCAAAAUACCAAGUCCACUACUUGCAUGGAAGCCCUAUUUGCAUGACAAAUUUUGGAACCUGAGAGAGAACUACGAUCCACGUACGAAGAUUUGUCAUGCGCAUGGCCCAUUUCUGCCGUUGCUUGUGUUGCCGUUUAUGCAGUAAAAAUGAGGGGAGGGGGGAGAAGUUGUGCACCGUCAUACGUUUCGACCGCGUUCCAGAAAGCCUCGGGCGGGGGCCGGAGGAGAGGACACCACAGGGACAGAGAUCACCACCAUCGCGAGCACCAUCAUCUGAAGGCGGACAAGCUUCCCGCGGUGCCGGGCGAGGACAACUACGACUACCAGCUGAACGCGAUUUCGGAGGCCGGAAGUCCGGCGGCGCUACUGGAGGACAUACUACCGGUAUCCCACGAAAAAACUGUUUCACUGUGAUGAUUUUGCAAGCUUUGCAUCACAAGUUUGCUCUACACCACAGAUGAGGAAGUUUGCCAUGCGAGCUUCCUAUGGGAAAGCUCGCCUACAAAUGCAUUGUCUUGCAUGUCUGUGUAGCAAAACAAACACAAAUGCGAUACAUUUUCUGCAUCGCAAGUUCACACUGAAACAGUUUUUUCGUGCGAUAACCGGUCACCGCACCGAGGGAGGGAAAGCCGACCGGGAAGAAGGGCCUGAAGGGCGCAGGGAAGAAGGCAGCUCCGCCCGCCGUGCCCGGGGCGGGUCCGGGUAUGGCAAAGGGGGCAGCAGCGGGUGAUGGCACAACCACUGGUACAACUACCUAUGCGGAAGAGACGCCGGCGGUUUUAACAUCCUCGUCCGCAGGUGGUAAACCUGCGCCGGCCGUUCCGACGAAGGGCGGAAAACCAUCCGCGCCACCCGCUGGAAAGCCAGCAGCGACCACGAAGGGAGCUGCCCCGCCGCCGGCCGGGAAAGGAGGAAAAGGUCCAGCGGCUCCUCCUGCAGUUCCGGGUGGGAAGGGCGCCGCGCCGCCGCUACCCGGGAAAGGCGCACCAAUCCCCGGAGGCGGGAAAGGGGCGGCGAUACCCGGCGGCGGGAAAGGCGCCACCGUCCCUGGCGGCAAGGGUGCAGCGGCAGCCGCCGGGGGGAAGGGUAAGGGGAAGGGGAAAUCGAAUCAGCCGAAGGGAAAGCCGAAAUUCGGCCGGAAGUGGCACUGGAAACCGCUGCUGAACAUCGAAGCGACGGUCUGGGAGGCGCUGAAGAAGGACAAAAAUAAUCUCUCCGCCAAGCAACUGCUGAAUCUUCAAAAGCUGGAAGAGUACUUCCAAAUCGUGGUGAAAGCCCUAUCAAAUGUAAAAAUGUCUGGGUCAUCUGGAAGAUUUCGGGAUUUGUGAUGCAUAUUUUGUAUGAUCCAUGAUGCAUGUAAUGCAUGAUCUAGCAGCACAGAUUUUUAGAGGGCUCCCUGAUGCCUAUUCCGCAUGAGAAAUGCCCUCUCCGCCCUUAGCUACGCGUAAGCAAUCGAUAGCGGUUUUGCGGAUGCGGCCGGGUGGUAGUUAGGAAGUGGAGCAAGUAUCCACCUAGGGGUAUUGGCAGAGGCUAAAUCUGUUCUAACGCCCACCCGCCAGGAGUCAAAUGGUUACUACUACUAGCUACUACCCGCGCAACACAAAGACAAACUGGGCUCCUGUUGCCGGUCACGCAAUACAGAUUUUUUUGCAAUCCAAAGCCAGCAUGACAAGUUGCAAUCUUCCAGACCCAGACAUUUUUGCAAUGCAUAAGCCCCCACGAUGAGCAAAACGGAACAGGACGCCAAGCAGACCACCGCGAAGGGCGUGCUGGAGGGCGGUCGGCUGCACGUCGUGGGGAUCGGGUUAUCCAGGUUUACGGAGGAGGAAAUCCAGGACUGCCUCAUGGUGCUGUCCGGCGACAAAAACAGCACAAAUAUCCUGUGCAAAAGUAUCGUACUCGUACUAAUUGCAUUCAUGCAUUACAAUUUUCUUUCUCAGGUUAAAUCCCCAUUACAAAUUUUCUUUCUCAUGCUGAGGAAAUUUGUCAUGCGAUUUAUACUAGUAUGAUACUUUUGCAGUAGUUCAUAACAAACGCCUUGCAACAAAAGUUGAACGAGGACCACGCAGAGCGGCUGGAGUCUGUGAUGCCGAUAUCCAAGGAAAAAACGUUGUUAGUGUAAAUUUGUGAUGCGCAACAUGCAAAUUGAUUGCGCCUGUCAUGCUGUGCCUGCAUUGUAGGGCUCAUUCAAGGGCGGUUUCACGUACUAUCUGCGCAUGACAGGUUUUUGCUGUCAUGCGAGAAAUUACUAUCUAUUAUACAAGAAAACGGGUCGCCCUGAAGGGCGACCCUUUCUUGAACUUGAUUUUUUUGCAUAAGCAUGAUCAUUAGGAUUGUUGGGCUGGGCUUCCUGGGAAGGAGGAAGGGCGGGGCAGGGGUAGCGCUCAGGAAGAGUAGCGCGACAGGAGAUCAGUGCGUGCGCUAUAUAAAGUUGUAGGGGCAGCAGCUGUAGACAGAAAGCAGAAAGGCGCCUCGGGUACAGACAGAGCAGCUGCCUGCCAGCUCUGAAGUAAGAAGCCAGCAGGCCUUCUGACGCCACACCUGCACAGCGGAAGCGGAGCGGAAAUGUGGCGACCCAAAGGCUCAGGCAAGUCGAGGCGCCGUCUCCGGUGCGUGAUAAACUACCUAACAACACUGCGAAGCGGCCCCGCUGAUCAUGCGGCCCCGGCGGUGGGGCAAGUGAGUGUCGUGGUGCAGACAUUCGCCGGGCUUUUGCGUUCGUACUGUGGUGGCCUGGCCCUAUUUCUACACCCCGAACACCUCCGGGGCGUGGGGACUUCAGUUGCUGCGCCCGAUCAUGCGCGCGCUAAUCUAUCGAAGGCGUCAGCCGCGGGAUGACGAUCGAUGGGGGGGGCCGGGCGAUGGAGGGGCGGUGGCCGAGUACAAACGCACCAAGGCAAGGGACGGGCGGGCCGAAGUGGUUGGGCUUCGUUCUGGCCGUGUGCCAACGCAAAAGAAAAGCAGAAAUAUCUUUUGGCGCCCCUCCGCCCAGCAACUACGCAAAAGAAGCCGGCGCCGGGGCUCGCUUGGCGGGCCUUCAAGCAAAGCAGGCAAAGCUCCAGGGCAGAAGGCCCGGGGGAGCGAGGUCCCUUCCGGGCUAGCCAAAGGGGGGGCCUUAGAGGGGGCCUCCGGGGCGGCCUUCCCCCCGGGGGCCGCAGGGCUGCCGGUAGGGCCUCAGGCUCGGGCAUUGGCCGGCGCAGGGGCUUGCUUGGCGGGCCUUCACGCAAAGCAAGCAAAGGCUCAGGGCAGAAAGCCCGGGAGAGGGAGCGAGGGCCCGCCCGGCCCGGCCAAUGGGGGGGGCCUCGGUCGGGGGGGCCCCCGGGGCUUCUGUUCGGGCGGGCCUCGCGGGGGGCCUCAGGCCCGGGCAUCUGCCGGCGCCGGGGCUCGCUCUGCGGGCCUUCAAGCAAAGCAAGCAAAGCGUCAGGGCAGAAGGCCCGAGUGAGCGAGGGCCCUUCCGGGCGGGCCUUAGGGGGGCCUCCGGGGGGGACCUCGGGGGGGGCCUCCGGGGGGGCCUUCGGGGGGGCCUUAGGGGGGGUCUCCGGGCUGUCAUGAGGGCCUCAGGCUCGGGCGUUUGCCGGCGCCGGGGCUCGCUUGGCGGGCCCUCAAGCAAAGCAAGCAAAGUUCCAGGGCAGAAGGCCCGAGGGAGCGAGACAGGGAGGGCCCUUCCGGGCUGGCCAGAGGGGGGGGCCUCGGCCGGGCGGGGGGGGGCCUUCGGGGCGGCCGCAGGGGGGCCGCAGGGCUUCUGUUCCAUCGGGGGGGUUUUGCGGGGGGCCUCCGGCUCAAGCAUGAUUGAGCCGGCGCCGGGGCUCGCUUGGCAGGCCUUCAAGCAGAGGGAAGCUUCAGGGCAGAAGGCCCGAGGGCGCGAGGGGUUCCGGGCUGGCCAAAGGGGGGGCCUCAAGGGGGGCCCUAGGGGGGCCUUUGGCGGGGCCCCCGGGCUGUCAAUAGGGCCGCCCGCUCGGGCAUUUUCCGGCGCCGGGGCCCGCUUGGCGGGCCUUCACGCAAAGCGAACAAAGCUUCAGGGCAGAAGACACGAGGGCCCUUCCGGGUUGGCCAAAGGGGGGGGCUUUAGGGGGGGCCUCCGGGGCGGCCUCAAGGCUUCGGCUCGGGGGGGCUUUGCGGGCGGGGGGCCUCGGGCUGGCUCGGGAAUGUGGCGGCGCCGGGGCUCGCCUGGCAGGCCUUCAAGCAAAGCGAGCAAAGCACCAGGGCAGAAGGCCCGAGGGGGUGAGGGCCCUGCCGGGCUGCCCAAAGGGGGGGCCUCAGGGGGGGCCUCAGGGGGGGCCUUAGGGGGGGCCUUAGGGGGGGCCUUAGGGGGGGCCUCAGGGGGGGCCUUAGGGGGGGCCUCAGGGCUGUCAAUAGGGCCACAGGCUCGGGCAUUGGCCGGCGCCGGGGCUCGCUUGGCGGGCCUUCCCGCAAAGCAAGCAAAGCUUCAGGGCAGAAAACACGAGGGCCCUUCCGGGCUGGCCAAAGGGGGGGCCUGGGCAGGGCGAGGGGGGGCCUCCGGGGCGGCCUCCGGGGGGCCGCAGGGCUUCUGUUCGGGGGGGCUUUGCGGGGGGCCCCAGGCUCGGGCAUGUGCCGGCGCCGGGGCUCGCUUGGCAGCCCUUCAAGCAAAGCAAGCAAAGCCUCAGGGCAGAAGGCCCGAGGGAGCGAGGGCCAAAGGGGGGGCCAAAGGGGGGGCCUCAGGGGGGGCCUUGGGGGGGGGGCCCAUGCGGGAGGCCUCACGGCUGUCAUCAAUAGGGCCGCAGGCUCGGGCAUUUGCCGGCGCGCGCCGGGGCUCGCUUGGCGGGCCGGGCCUUCACGCAAAGCACACAAAGCUUCCGGGCAGAAGACACGAGGGCCCUCCCGGGCUGACCACAGGGGGGGCCUUCGGGGGGGGGCCCCCGGGGCGGCCAUGGGGGGGGCCCAGGGCUUCUGUUCGGGGGGGCUUUGCGGGGGGCCUCCGGCUCGGGCAUGUGAGUGCCGGCGCCGGGGCUCGCUUGGCAGGCCUUCAAGCAAAGCAAGCAAAACUUCAGGGCAGAAGGCCCAAGGGAGCGAGGGCCCUUCCGGGCUGGCCAAAGGGGGGGCCUUAGGGGGGGCCAUUGGGGGGGGCCGUAGGGGGGGCCGCAGGGAUGCCUCAGGGCUGUCAAUGAAUAGGGCCACAGGCUCGGGCAUUGGCCGGCGCCGGGGCUCGCCCGGCGGGCCUUCACGCAAAGCAAGCAAAGCUUCAGGGCAGAAGACAGGAGGGCCCCUCCGGGCUGACCAAAGGGGGGGCCUCCGGGGGGGCCUCUGCCGGGGGGGGCCUCCGGGGCGGCCUCCGGGGGGCCUCAGGGCUCCUGUUCCAGCGGGGGGGCCUUCCGGGGGGCCUCAGGCUCGGGCAUUUGCCGGCGCCGGGGCUCGCUUAGCGGGCCUCCAAGCAAAGCAAGCAAACCGUCAGGGCAGAACGCCCGAGGGAGCGAGGGCCCUUCCGGACUGGCCAAAGGGGGGGUCUUAGAGGGGCCUCAGGAAGGGCCUCGUAUCCCGUUCGGCUUUUCGGUAGAAAACGAAAAGCAUUCCGAAGAGCCUUGCCGGCGCCUUCGACUGCGCAGCGCAUAGCAUUGUCCAGGAGGGCUACAGGGCAUGCGUGUCAUGCAUUCCGAAGCGGCCCCGCCAGUAAUUAAAAUCAAAGGACAAAGCCGGGGCGGUAGCCAAAAUAUGAAGCCAAAGCCAAGGACUCACUUCGUGACUUUGUUUAUUGUGUCCAAAACCAAAGCGGCCCCGCCCGCAAUCAGAAUGAGAACCGGCGGACCAGCCAAGGUAGACAGCGCGUGGCGCCGCCCGGGAUUGUUCGGUCGCUGCCUGCGUCAGAGAAAUGGUCGGCGAUGAUCUGCUUGGCUUUAUGUUCUGGGGCAGACGUCUGCGAACGCUCGCGAAAAAAAGAGGGGGCCUAAGGGGGGGGGGGGGGCCCAACCCACCCCCCUUGCCCUUGGGCAAAAGGGGGGGCCUCAGGGGGGGCCUUAGGGGGGGCCUCAGGGGGGGCCUUAGGGGGGGCCUUUUUUGGCUCUGGGCGUCUGCGAACACGAAAAAAAGGGGGGGCCUAAGGGGGGGCCUAACCCCCCCCCUUUGGGCAAAAGGGGGGGCCCCAGGGGGGGCCUCAGGGGGGGCCUUAGGGGGGGCCUUUUUUGGCCUCAGGGGGGGCCUGAGGGGGGGCCUCAGGGGGGGCCUUAGGGGUCGAGGGGGGGCCUGAGGGGGGGCCUAAGGGGGGGCCUGAGGGGGGGCCUGAGGCCCAGAAUAGCGCUAAUGAUCAUUAUUAGUCUUGUAAUUCAUGCGAAAGUAGAGGUCUACAGAGGGUCGGAGAGAGGUGGCCGAGAGGUCAAAAAGAGGCGGAAAGAGGUCAAAAAGAGGGCAACAGAGGUGGAGAGGUGGCGCGGGAGGUCAUUCGAGAGGGUGGCCGAGAGGUGGCGCGGGUAUAGCCCGCUGAAGGACUCACUCUAAAGCUGCGCCUAUAGGGACCAGAGGUGGCCGAGAGUGAGGGUGCCAAGAGGGUAAGCGAGAGGGGGACAGAGGUGCCGAGAGGUUGCGCGAAUAAAGGCGAACCUCUCGCGCACCCUCUGGGCCACCUCUCGGCCACCUCUGUAGGCCUCUACCGGCGAGUAUAGCCGGAUUAUUAGCAACACCUCUCGGGAGAGGUGAAAAAGAGGGUCUGCGAGAGGGUUAACAGAAGCCGAAUCCGCCUGGCACAGAGCUGAUUCUUUUGGGGCAUUUUCAUGCGUAGGCCCGCACCCUCUCGCGCCACCCUCACUCUCGCGCACCCUCUCGCGCACCCUCUCGCGCCACCCUCUCGCGCCACCCUCUCGCGCCACCCUCUUGCGCCACCCUCUCGGGCCACCCCCCGCGGGAACAGCUUCUGUCUGGGAAUCAGAUGGGCGGGCGCGGGAGGGUGAUCAACAAAGGUCAGCGCGGCCCCCGUUCUGCUUCGGCACCUACGUCGUGGCGGUUUCUCCUCGCCCCCAAGCUUCGCUGCAGUUGCUCCCUGCGCAUAGCGCCUAAAGGCGCGGGAAGCGCGCAGGGGCCCCUGCGGGUUGACAUGGCGCAAUGCGGCGCCAGUAUUUUCCUCGGCCUGUCACGCUGCCCCCAAAGCUCUUGCGUCGCGGUCCGAUCCGCCAAUAGUCACACCCCAGCACAACAGCCGCGCGCUCCGGCGUUAGCCGGAGCAUGGCUGGUAUUUGUCAUGCUAAUCCUCCAAGAAAGUUACGCCUACAAUCUUUUUUUCUUGGAUAGUCGACGGAGGCGGAACAGUGCCUCUUGCAGGAGGCCGACAGCGCGCGGCUCCUCCCGAUGGAGGCAAAACUGAUCCCCUUCUGCAAAAUCCCGAAGUUGCACCAGAAGCUGCGCGUGUUGGCGUUUUUGAAGAAGAGGAUCUGGCUGCAGGUCAGCGAGAAAGCGCAGUGCUUCGGGGAGAUCGCGACGAUUUUGAAGAAGUCCAACCACGUGAAGCAGUUUUUGCGGCUGCUGUUAGUCCUCGGAAAUUACGUGAACCACUCCAUCGAGAUUGAAGCGGACAACAAGUUAUCAAAUGCAAAUAUGUCUGGGUCUGGAAACUUGUGAUGCUGGCUUGGGAAUGGUGGACACACUGCAAUACGCAGCCAAGCAUGACAAGUUCUUGAUCUUCUAUGUGUUCUUGCGAGUUCUGCAUGGCAAAGAAGUAACUGCGCUCUGCAAGAGACUUACAUCCUGCUCAUGCAUCACAGAGUUAGGAGUCAUUCGAGACAAGCAUGACACACUUCCAUUCCUUCAGACCGAGACAUAUUUGCAAUGCAUACAAGUCGUGGAUGGAAACGAAGGAGAACGAAGCGGUCUGGGGCAUCAGCGUGGAAUAUCCUAUGGAAAAACGUCCCCAGCACCACAUAGUUGUAAUGCACGUCUGCAUGCUGAAAAUAUUUCUCAUGCGGAGCCCCAUGAGAAGCAAUUUUUAGUCGUUUUUCGCAAUUUGUCAUGCUCCACUCAGCAUCAUAUGGCAGACCCAGAUCUGUGAUGCUGCUUUACUAGCUAAGUAAACAGGAUUACACGACUACGAGGCGAACUUGUAAUGCGCAACAGCCAAAGGCAAAGCUUGUUUAUUUGUCUAGCAGCCUUUGACUUCCCAUCUUGACUAUGGUGUGGGGACGUUUUUGCUCAGGAUAUGGAAAGCCUGCAGAAGCUGUCCGACUUCAAGGGGAACAACGAGAAAACGCUACUGCACGGGAUUGCUGCCUGCGACAAGAAACUGCUGCUGUCGAUUCAGUUUGAGUUGAAGAACUGCCUGCAAGAAAAUUGGACAAAGAAACUGGGCAAGCCGGUGCUGGUACUCUGAGGAAAAAUGUCCCCACCCCAGAGUUGUUAUGCAAUUCUGCAUGCCCAAAAAAGUCUCUCAUGCGGAGCCCCAUGAAAAGCAAUUUCUACCCGUGUUGUGGAAUUUGUGAUGCUAGAAGCCGCAUGAUAUCCUAGAUCUGUGAUGCUGCUGAACUACAUAAACAGGACUACACUACAAGGACAAAUUUGUCAUGCGAAGCAACCAAAGCUGGUUGAUUUGUCUAGCAGAUUUUCCAUCUUGACUCUGGUAUGGAGACGUUUUUCCACAGGAUAGCUGGCGGACGUCAUUCAGGAUCUGCUGCAAUUGCUCAAGGAGAUUGAAUUUGUCAAGAACGCCACCUAUCACACGUGGAAAUCAUUAUUUGAAGAAGCUAUCCGUACUUACUGCUCGUUAUCGAUACUAAAAUGCAGCGAUGAUCAUACAUGAUUACACAUGAUGUUGAUGUCAUGAGCUUGUAAAUACCUGAAUCUGGUGCAUGCCAUCGCAGACUUAAGUUUUCCUUUUUGGAAAUUAUAAAUUUGCCAAAUGCAAUUUAUACUUGAACUUGUGCGAGUGCGGAUACUUGUUCAUUAAUUUUUGCAAUGCAUACUACCAUGUACGAGAAAAAGCCGGCGAUGACGGAAAGUUUGGAGAAUUUGAACAUCUUAUCACAUGUAAGAAUGUCUGGGUCUGGAAGAAUGCAACUUGUCAUGCUGUCUUUGGAUUCCAAAAAAACCUGUAUUGCGUGACCAGCAACAGGAGUCCAGUUUGUGUUACGCGGAGAGGGAUUUUCUCAUGCGGAAUAGGCACUAGGGAGCCCUCUAAAAAUAUGUGAUGCUAGAUCAUGUAUUACAUGCAUCAUGGAUCAUACAAAAUAUGCAUCACAAAAUCCGACAUCUUCCAGACCCAGACACUUUUGCAUUUGAUACAUCUACAGCAGUCCGCUGUUCGAGUCGGCGCGGAAUCAAAUCACGGACUUGGAAAAGUCCGUGAUUGUCGGCCAGCAGAGGUGUCUCGGUGCGGUGGUUGAUCUCUGUGCGUAUCUGGGAUGUCAGGGGCCGUAUUUAUUAUCUGAUGUUGGGUGUAUUUUUGCAUACAUUGAUGAAGAGUAGCAGUAGAGCUAGACACGUCCUUGUCUUUUGCAGCUUUUUGAUCAUGUGCUUGUGCUCGUGACGUGUACUAGCCUGAUCAUUAUUAGGAUACAAGACCCGUGUGAGUAAUUUAUUUGUCGCGCUGCGCAUCUUCACGGACGACGACGAACAACCAGCAUACUACGUUGUACCGUAUUAUAUAUUUACAAAUCAAAGCAAAUAUUAACUCAGGUACUACGAAGCUGCCGCCGCUACCACAGGACCAGCUCCGGCGCAACAGCAGAACAUGAAGCAAAUCAUUCAGUCGACGAAAACUCUCGCGGCAAGCAGCAAGCUAUGCAUUGCAAAAGUAUCGUACUCGUAUAAAUGCAUUACAAAUUUUCUCAGCAUGAGAAAUAAAAUUUGUCAUGCGGAUGCACUUUAGGAAAAAAUUUUGUAAUGCAUGACUGCAAUUACUACGAGUGCGAUACUUUUGCACGGGAUGCAAGCUCGUAAACGAGAUGUCGGACCAAGUCCAGUCGAUUCUUUCCACUUUCCACGAGCUUGCCUUCGUGUUCACGAGCAAGCUGGAGGAAGAAGAAGUGGCGGCCGAGCAACUGAAGAAGCAAAAACACGCCGCAGAAAUGAUGAAAUCCCUGCGGGCGAGCACCCAGGGCCAGCUCGACGGCGGUAUCAGAGUCGUGCACAACUGCUCCCCCUCUUCCUCGUUUGUAAUGCAAAAUCCCAAAUCCAGCCUGCGGUAGUGUUGUCUUGUGGCACUGUUUGCAUUACCCAAAACAGUACUACAAUCGGCGGGCGAAGAACAUGUGCAGCUGUUUGUAUUGCUGCUGAUGCCAUACAGUGAUCGGGCGAGGGGGAGUUCUUGUGCACUCUCAUAGACGGAGCAUCAUCUUCAAAAGGGACGACAAACGGACCCGCAGCUUCCUCAUCCAGAGACGGCAGUGUCGCCCCGGGCGACCAGCGAAGCAGGGGGAGCGCUAGUACUACGAGAGGUGCGCCGUCAACCCGAGACGGUGCAACUUCCUCGAAGCUGACAAGUGCUAGUUCUACUGUAGGACCAGGCUCUACUUUUCAACCAAGCAGCCGGGUAAAAAUAAGUAGCAGCCACUCUAGUUCUACUUCGAAAGACAGCACGACAACGGGCACUACGGCAGCGACGAACAGUUUUCCAAGACGAUCGGCAGAUAACAAAGACGCGAUUUCUCCCCAAAAGCGCAUGUCGCAGCAGGGUAGGCUGAGCACGAACAGCACGGACUUCUAUGCGCUGCAAAAGUAUCGCACUCGUACCGAAAAUUGCAUUUAUGCAUUACAAAUCUGGUUCUCAAGGUGAAUCUGCAUUACAAAUUACAUUUGUUGUAAUGCCGAGGCAAUUUGUGAUGCAAUUUAUUUUGGACUAGUCCUAGUGCGAUACCUGUUUUGCAAUGCAUAAUUUCAACCCGUCCGCGAUAGCGGGCGGGUCCGUGAACAAACUGCCGGCAAGAAGCUCGGCGAAGUUCGAUCCCGCAAAACGAGUGACCGAUAGACGCAUGCGGAAGAGGGGAAGCGGUGAUAGUCCGCCGUCAAGUUCCUAACGCAGCAUUUAGCAUGUCAACUUUUCAUCUAUGCGCGCAUGCGCAAGUAUCGGCAUGUUGUACGUAGAACUAUGUUUGUCUUCUCUGCGCCAGGAACAGGAUUUGUAUACGCAUGAGAUUGAUCCACUAGUACUACCAAAUAAUGCCCCGCUUGUAGCCACAAAUGAAAAUGCCAGAUUUGAAUCCUUUGAUCUACGCUAUUGCUAGUAC